UCUCGCAGGAGUAGCCCGCUUGCGUGAGGCGCGAGCAUUUCCGUCUCGUUUUCACAAAUACCUGAAAUUGAACGUCCCAACCACCAACUCCAGCGGAAGCAUCGCGCCCUUCUUUCUUCUGCACGCAGAGGGAUGUCCUCGGUUCUCAGAAAACCAUCGCUAAGUGCAUCCCCAUUCCAUUCUUCAACCCACAGCCUAAAACUGAGGCCCAUAUCCCCCCUUUUCCCUAUUCAGCGAUUCUAUAGACUACCCCAAUUUCGAGUUUCCCUUACAACCCAGAACUCCAGCAAUCGUCCUUCCAUUAUUCCUUCAAAGGGCAAAGUUUCCAGUACUUCCUCACUUUCUCAAACUCUUCACUUCUUCAAACCCUGGCUUCUGUCUGAGCAUAAAACCGUUCUCUUGGGCUGGCUCUGCAGCGUCAUAUCUGUUUACUCCCUCUCCAAAAUCCUUUCUAAAGUCGGGAAUGUUUCUGCUACUAUCAGCAGCAUUGACGCUAUCAAGUUGCGAGACGAAGGUUUAGUAUUGGGGGGUUUGUUGAUUGCCCGGUUGUUUGCAAGUUUUGGGCAGCAAGCUUUUUUAUGGGAAGCUGCACUGAACGCGGUAUAUAAGCUUAGGGUUCACGUUUUCGACAGGAUUUUGGAGAGAGAAUUGGGAUAUUUUGAAGGCAUGGAUGGUGUUUCGUCCGGGGACAUUGCGUUUCGGAUCACUGCGGAAGCUUCGGAUAUUGCUGAUACUUUGUAUGCUCUGCUCAGUACCAUAAUUCCCAGCACUCUGCAGCUAUCUGCUAUGAUGAUGCGAAUGUUGGCGAUCAGUCCUGCCCUUUCUUUGAUUUCAGCUGUGGUUAUUCCUUGUAUGGGACUUGUUGUUGCGUUUCUUGGUCAGAAACUUCGUUCAAUAUCUAAAAGGGCACAUCUUAGCAUUGCCACUCUCUCGGCAUAUCUAAAUGAGGUCCUUCCUGCAAUUCUUUUUGUGAAAGCAAACAAUGCAGAUAUGUAUGAGAGCAGCAGGUUUAAGAGGCUGGCUAGGAUCGACUUUUUUGAACGCUUGAACAAGAAGAGGAUGAAGGCAGUUAUUCCUCAGAUUAUACAAGCUAUUUAUUUCGGAGUGCUAUUUGUACUUUGUGCGGGUUCAAUAGUGGUUUCAAGAGGAUCAUUCAAUGGCUGUAACUUAGUGUCGUUUGUGACAUCAUUGCUCUUUUUGAUUGAACCGAUCCAGGAUGUGGGAAAAGCAUACAAUGAAUUGAGGCAGGGAGAACCAGCUAUUGAACGCUUGUUUGAUCUGACCAGGUUCGCAGAUAAGGUGGCUGAGAAACCAGAUGCUGUUGAUUUAGACUCUGUUAGAGGGGAGAUAAAGUUUUGUAAUGUCUCAUUUAAGUACAGUGAAGACAUGUCACUCGUUCUGAAUGGACUGAAUCUUCACAUUGGAGCUGGAGAGAUAGUUGCUCUUGUUGGUCCCUCUGGUGGAGGGAAAACUACACUUAUAAAACUUCUGCUUCGUCUUUAUGAUCCAGUAUCUGGCUGUAUACUUGUUGAUAAUCAUAACAUCCAAAGCAUUCGGUUGCAAAGUUUGAGAAGGCAUGUUAGUCUUGUUUCUCAGGAUAUAACACUUUUUUCAGGUUCAGUUGCUGAAAACAUUGGUUACAAGGAUCUGACAGCAGAAAUUGACAUGGAGAGGGUAAAACAUGCAGCACAAACUGCUUAUGCUGAUGAAUUUAUAAGAGAACUUCCAGAAGGAUAUAAUACCAAUAUUGGACCAAGGGGCUCAACUUUAAGUGGAGGACAAAGGCAAAGGCUAGCCAUUGCCAGGGCUCUAUAUCAGAAUUCUUCUAUAUUAAUACUGGAUGAGGCAACUUCUGCUUUAGAUAGCAAAUCUGAGGAGUUGGUGAGACAAGCUGUAAAGCGAUUGAUGAAAAAUCACACUGUGCUGAUAAUUGCCCAUCGCAUGGAAACGGUUCGGAUGGCUAAACGAGUAUUCCUCUUGGAUAGGGGGAAGCUAGAAGAGUUGCCUCGUUCGACUAUAUUGGGUGGUCACAAGGACUCGUUGUUAUCAUCUGGAGUGGUGAUUUAAAUAUUUCUUGUACAGGAGACCCCUUCACAUCCCAGUCUGUUGUUUAAUAUCACUGGAAUCCCUCCCACUCCCUCCUUUCUUUAUAUCUAGAGAAAGCGGAUCAGCGGGGAGUAUGUACAUUCUUAGUUAUCCACAUAUUUAUUUCCAAUAAAAGGCUUAAAUUAUUAUUUGAAGCAUUUAUGGAUUGGAAUGGGCAAACUUAACAUGCCAGUCAAUGCUAUUCAAAUAAUGUUACUUCGAUAGUAAAAAAUGUUUACAUUGAUGACCUGGUAAA